AAAAUCAAGGACGCCUGCAGGGUAGCCCGAAACGCCGGAUACCAGCUCAUAUGGAUCGAUUCGGGAUGCAUCGACAAGUCCAGCAGUGCGGAGCUCGCGGAGGCAAUAAACUCGAUGUUCGAGUUGUAUAGGCUAGCCGAUGUAUGCUACGUCUACCUCGCGGACGUUCCGGAUGGCGACGACCCUCGAGGCGUAGACUCUCAGUUCCAGCAGAGUCGAUGGCACGCGCGUGGAUGGACGCUCCAGGAGCUCAUCGCGCCCAAGAACGUCGUUUUCCUCACUCAAAACUGGGCUUUCCUGGGUACCAAGGCUGGGCUCGCUUCAAUCCUGGAGCAAGUCACCCGGGUCGACGUCGACAUCCUCGUGGGGAGAGCACCUGUGCAUUCCGCGAGCGUCGCCCGCAGGAUGUCGUGGGCAGCAACUCGAGAGACGACGCGUGUUGAGGAUGAGGCAUAUUCGCUGCUAGGCAUCUUCGAUGUUCAUCUGUCCCCGAUCUACGGCGAGGGUCGCAACGCAUUCCUCCGCCUUCAAGAGGAAAUCAUCAAGUCCAUUCCCGAUCAGAGUAUCUUCGCGUGG